UCACGUGGGGGAAGAGCGGGAGACUGCUGUUCCCAUAGAGAUAGAGAAAAGGUUGCCCCCGCUAGUCAUGUGAUUUUCACUGGCCCACGGCUCCUUCCGCCAGGCUUUGCGCUGCCCAGGGGCCGUAAAGCUUCCCUUGCCAAUCCUCCCGCGAAUGCCCCUCCUCCCACCGUGGCGCUUCCAUCCAGGGGCUGCGCUCGCGCACCGACCGUACCAUGGAGGUUUUUAUUCCUUCGUUCCGCUAUGAGGAGAGCGAAUUGGAGAGAGGCUACACGGUGAAGGAUGAAAAUCACAAUGUUGAGAUCAGAUUGCCCUCUAUGUUUCCUAUCUGUACAGUUCAGGUCUUUAAGAUAGAAGUACUAAUGAAUGGAAGAAAGCAUUUUGUUGAAAAGAGAUAUAGUGAGUUCCAUGCUCUCCAUAAAAAGCUUAAGAAAUUCAUAAGAACUCCAGAAAUCCCUUCAAAGCAUGUGAGGAACUGGGUGCCCAAAGUUUUGGAACAGCGUCGGCAGGGUUUAGAAUUUUAUUUACAGAGUAUUGUUUUAGAAAAUGAAGAGCUUCCCAAGAUGUUUCUUGAUUUCCUCAACGUUCGUCAUUUUCCUUCUCUCCCAAAAGCAGAAAGUUGUGGUUCUUUUGAAGAAACAGAAUCUGAAGAAUCAAGCAAACUGUCCCACCAGCCAGUGUUGCUGUUCCUAAGGGAUCCAUAUGUCUUGCCUGCAGCCAAUGAUGACUUUCCAAAUGUAGUUAUUGAAGGCAUUCUCCAUGGAUUGUUUUAUCCUCACCUACAGCCCAGGUAGAAAAUGGGUUUGGAUGGAAAAUAAUUAGAGUAAAUUCAAAUUCUUUCUCUCAAUGUAGGGUUUUGGAGACUUUUUUUUUUUUUUAAGUAAAACUUAAAACAGUGAAGCAAGACACCCAAGUUCAAAAAUGGAGCUUUUGGAUUUAAUUGUAUCACUAAAAAUGGCUGCUUUUCAAGAUUAUGAAUGGAAAAAAAAAACACUACGUUGUUCAAUCUGUGUACUAAACUCUAAAUACUUACAUUUUAAAACAUGACAGUCAAAUGCCAAAUUAUGCUAACCAAUUUCAUCAUGUAUUUGAUUUUUGCGUGUGUGAUAAAUGAUUACCCUAAUCCUUUUGUCUCAACAUUGUAUCCACUGCUGGCAGCGGAUAUGCAAAAUAUAAUACCACAUGUGACUAAAAAAUGUAAAUGUUAAGAAAUAACUGCCAAAACUGGAAAUGCAAUAUAAGCUUACUGUAUCAGUAUUUCUGAUGUCAUAGCAUAUAAGUAUCAUUUUAGAGACUGAAAUGUGUAUAUGCUUGAAAUUGGGCUUAGUUGUAGCUUUAAUUUAUAUCAGGAUCUUGGCUGCAAUCCUUUUAUUACUCUGCACUAGUUUAAUGUCAUUUUCCCAAGUUCAUUAACCUCUAACCUUUUGUAAUAGAAAUAAGAAUGAACACAAUUAAUAAAAAUAACCAUCUAGUCUAGGGGUAGGCAACCCACAACCUGGAUAUCCUUUUUGCAGCUCCUGGAACUUCCCCUAAUUUUAUCUGAGGAAAAUUGAACAGUUUCCCACCAUUUUGAGAUGAAAGCACAUGAAAAAUGUAGUUGAAACCCUUCAAAUAUGCAUAACACCAUUUAAAAACAAGAAACCAUCACCAAACCCAGGGAAAAUAUAGUUCCACCCAAGCAUAUGAUGUAAAACUGUCGGUGUUGACUUCAUCCUCAAAGGUUUGUCCACCCUAUCAACUGUCUAAAUGAACAUUGUUUUUCAACAUGUGGAAUCCAAAAUAAAACCAAAAUCACAGUGAAAUAAUGAAAGUCUAUAAAAAUGCCAGCUUGCUGGUCACAUGUCUACCCACCACUUUGUCAGUUCUGAGUACAUGUGCUGUAGCUGGAUGAUAUUGAGGAUGGAGUUAUAACAUGCUAAUGCUUCUUAACAUGGGAGAUUUCAGUGUCUGUACUGAGGUUACUCAGGAGUUCACGUCUACCAUAACAAUUAUGAACCUAUGCCAGUGGGUAUCUGGCACAGUAGAGCAUAUUUUGGUUAUCCUAUUCAAGUGGAGUUGCAGUCAGAGGUGUUUUCCUGUAUUUCAGUUGUCAUGGACAGAUCAUUCCCUGGCCAGCUUUAGGCUGCCCACCUGUAUGAACUUUAACUGGUGUUUAAAAUGACUUCCUGAAUGCCACUGGGGAUUUUCCAUCUCCUCUGCCAGUGUUACUGUCAAAACAUCUCAAACAGUAGGUAUUAUUGCUUAAGGAGGCAGAAGCGGGUGCAGAGAGCACACUCAUAUCCUCUUCACAGCAGCAUUUCUGCCUCAGAUCCAAAUCCUGUGAACCUGUCAGGAGGAGACUUCUUGAGAAUACCUUCACUUUCUGAAGGCCAUUUGUCUGUCAUCCAGAAGAGAACUUUCUCCAGUGCUGAACAAGCUUCAAUUCACCCAAUUUCAUUCAGCUGCAUUUUUUCCCAUUGUCUUGAAAUGAGUCUAGACCAGGUCUUUUCAUUCUGAAUUAGUUUAAUAGUGAUGUUAACAGUUUUUAUGAGAUUCUGAGUGUUUAUGUUUUGCUUCUUAUUGUUAGCUGUAAUGAAUGUCCUAUGGGCAGAAAUAUGGGAGAUAAACCAUAACAAUAAAUAAUAUUCUUGUCUUGGUUUAUAUUAUUACUGUGUUGUGUUGGGUAUAGAAAAUGAAAAUAUAUUUACAUCCUUUAAAACUAAUUGGUCUGGAUUAAUCAAAAAUUAUACAUGACAAAAUAGAGUAUUACUUUUAAAAAGGAUAUCUUUCAUCAGCAGUUUAAUAUUUGUACAUAAAGGUAAGUAAAUCAAGAUUUUCAGUGAUAAGUAUAAAAGUAGCAUCUAACUGUAAUAAUGACAUAUUUUGCAUUUUGACAAAUUCAAACUUAUUUUGAAAGUCUAGUUGGAAGUGAAAUCUUUUAAUGGUAUCUAUGUAUAGAGAGAGGGAUUGGAAAAGAUAAUGUAAAGUAUUUCUUAUGUCAGGAAAGGAUUCAGUAUAAUUUGUCCAAUUACAUAGUAAUUCUUCCUUGUCUAUUUUCAGAUUUAUAAAUUAGGAAAUCUGCACAAUAUAUGCAGUAGCAGUGCUGGUUGAAUAAGAAGGGUUUUCAUUUAAAGUUUUAAAAUUUCAAGGUUACUAGGCAAAGACAU